AUGGGCCAACCGACCGGCGCGCUGCAGCAGAGGCUGUCGGCGCUGUCGACGCUGGCCAUGGCCUUUGCCAUUCUCAACACGUGGAUCGCCCUCGCGGGAUCCAUCGGCCUCGUCCUGCCGUCCGGCGGGUCCGUCGCCUUCCUCUACGGCUUCGUCUUCUGCGUCGUCUGCUGCCUCUGCGUCGCGGCCAGUCUCGGGGAGCUGAGUGCCCUGUGGCCCACGGCCGGCGGACAGUACCACUUCGUGUUUGCGCUGUGCAGCCCAGAGUGGAGGAACCCCAUGAGCUUCGCGGUCGGCUGGAUCAGCAUCGCGGGAUGGCUCGUCGUUGUCACGGUGCAGGGCUACUUUGGGGCGCAGUUUGUUUCGGCCGGUGCGGUGGUUGCGUCCAACGGAAGCUACGAAAUCACUGCUGCGAGAACCUACGGCAUCUACCUGGCCAUUCUGACGGCAACGACGGCCGUCAACAUUUGGGGCAACAAGAUUCUGGGCACGUGGAACGAUUGCGCACUGUAUUGGUCCAUCCUCGGCUUCGUGGUCAUCAGCAUCGUCCUCCUGGCCAUGUCUGACAAGACCGACGCCGAGUUCGUCUUCGCCCACUUCGAGAACAGGACCGGGUGGCCGGACGGCGUGUCCUGGAUCCUAGGUCUGCUCCAGUCGUCUCUGUCUCUCGUCGCGUUCGACGUGGUGCUCCACAUGACGGAGGAGAUGCCGAACCCGGCACGAGACAGUCCCCGGGCGUUGAUGUACGCCAUAGCCGUCGGAGGCGCAACAGGCACGCUCUUCAUCCUGGUGAUGCUCUUCUGCCUCUCCUCCCCGGACCAGGUCCUAGCCACCGCAACCGGCAUGCCCGUCGUCGAGAUGAUCUUGCUCGCGACCAAGAGCCGCGCGGCCGCCACCGUCCUCAGCCUCGCGCUCGCCGCGUGCUUCGUCAACGGCUGCAGCGCGAGCAUCACCUCGGCGAGCCGCCUGCUGUACGCCAUGGCGCGCGAUCGGGGCAUCGUCCUGCACCGCGUCUUCGCCCGCAUCGCGCCGGGGCUGCACGUGCCGGUGCCGGCCCUCGUCCUCUGCUACGUCUUCAACGCGUGCUUUGGGCUGCUGUACCUCGGCCCGGCGGUGGCGUUUAGCGCCUACGUGGCCUCGUGCACCAUCCUGCUCGACGUGUCGUACGCCGCGCCGAUUGCCGUGCUGCUCUGGAGGGGGAGGGAUGUGCUAGCCGAUCACCGCACGGCCACGACGCCGUUCCAGAUGGGCCGGCGGCUGGGGUACCUGGUGAAUGCCGUGGCCUUGGCGUAUCUCGCGGUGACCUCUGUGGUGAGUCUGCCGGUGUCGUCGGACAACAUGAAUUAUGUGCCGGUUGUGCUGGGCAUUUUGGCCGUCCUGGUGGGUUUGUACUGGCUGGUGUGUGGCAGGACGUUCCUGGGCCCGCGAUUCGACGUUAUUGUUGGCCAAGCGCAGAAUGUGGCGCAGGGGCAGGAGAGCGUCAAAGGGUAG